AUGCCCAGCUCAAAGAAAGCAUCGUCCCCACCUGACCUAGCCCUCUCUUCCCUCUUCCUCCCUGACCGCAGGGCCGCUAUGGCCGCCAUUGCAGAAGCUCGUCAGCGCCUCUGCGAUGCCCGGUACGGCGAGAAGCACCGAAUGCGUUGUGCAAGUCGCUUGACAAGGAAGGUGGAAGACUUGGUCAUAGAGGCGGUGCGGCAUGUCCAAGAUGGUGGGACACACGAGGAUUCCGAUGGUGGGAAUUACGAGGGUUCCGAUGAUGACGGUUUCAACGAUGAGAGUUACGACAGUUGGGGUGAUGACAGUUGGGGUGGUGACAGUUCCGAAUGA